AUGUCAACAUCAAUUUCAGACUCAGGGAGUGACAGUCUUCUUGUGAUGCUGGUGGCAGCAUUAUCGGCCUGGAUAUCUUUAAGCAGGGGUGUCAUGGGGGUAUCUUCAGGGGUAUCCAAAGGAUCCACGGGUAGCAUCCCAACCACACGUAGUAUACAGAUACCUCUCCAUCUGCUGAUCUUUCUGUGGUUAUCUAUUUUGGUUGGAGUGAGUGAAGGGCAACGGUUAAAGCAAGGGUGUGUGGAAUCUGGAGGUCCCAUCCGUUGCGAUUACGAGAACUUUCAAGUGUCCAGCAUUGCCAACUUGGCAGACAUGCAAGCGGCCGAGCAAGUGUGUAGCUUUCUAGUACAAGAGGUGUUUCCUCGGGAAGAUGAAAAAGUCAUUUGGGAUGUCUCCUUGCAUUCUCCCUAUCUGGACAGCAUCAAGCAAGAUGAUCCCUGGUGUCCCAAGAUCCGACAAUACUACCAGCAUUGCCUCUUUUGUGUCCCGGAUUGGACUCAAAGAUGGCAAUGCCAAGAUCAAGCCAAAGUACACAUUUGUGGAGGAAAACCAAACAAGUUGCAAAUUCUCAAUCUAUCUACAGCAGAAGCAGAAAUAGACCCGAACCUUGAAAUGUACCUGCAGUACCAGACACCACAAGAUAUAGAUAUGGCAUGUACGGCAUUGGACCAAGCUUCACAACUUCAAUGGGUCAAAGAUGUACCCAAUCCAGUACCCACCACACAAGACUUUUGUCAGCAACAAACACUCAUCAAACAUUUGUGUCCAGGCUACUGUGAAGGAACUUGUUUUGAUCCUAUACUCCAUCCACCCACAUGCAACGGCAACAGCAGCCACUUUAAUGCCACCACCACCAGCAACCACAGUUCAGCAAGCAACAUCAUUGCGACAACAACAAACUCUAUUGAAAUCUGCAAACAACUCAGCUACCAAGCCUUUUACACGGUCGAUAUUGGAAUGGUACUGGAUGUAGACAGUCAUGCAGACUUUUUGCGGUCCAUACCCGAUGACACGGACCAACCCGAUAGCUUUUGUCGGCAAGCACGAGACGCCUAUGCCGAUUGCUUUUGGUGUGCCGAACAUCGCUGUUUUGGGGAUCAUUGGCCCACUUCUUGCGACGACAAUUAUCAUCAUCAUGACGACGACACUGUUGUGAAUGACGACGAAGCACAAGAGCAAUACGUCUGCAAACAACUCUUGUACGCAUUCGACAAUGUCUCCUUUGCCGAUGAAAUGAAUAUCGACGCACACAAAUUCCUCAUUCCCGAUCACAACCAAUUCUGUGAUCAAGCACGACAAUACUACAAUAAAUGCUUUUGGUGUGCACCCCAUCUCAAUGACGAAUGGGAAACCUACAAUGAAACCAUUCAGUUUGAAUUCUGUUUGCCCAACACGGCAUGUGGAAGUCCCGUCGUGCUGCCCCGUGACUUUGAAUCCAUUACACUCGCACGCAUGGGCAUGCGGUUGAUCGAUCCGUACUUGAGAUUGCCAUCGGAACAAGACGGCGACAGCGACAGCUACAACGAAAUCCCCUGUGACGAGAUCUAUCAACACCACUUGGAAAAUUGGGACGAUCCAUUCUCGCUCAAUCGAUGCUACGAUGAAAUUUUCUUGGGACGACUCUGUCCAGAGCAAUUCUGUGAAUCCCAAGAGGCGGAAGUAAUUGACAAGAACUAUUUAGGGGCGACAACCACCAUUCAAAAACGGGCCAUCAUUUGGCUCAGUCGAGUGUCGGCCAUGCUGUCCUUUGGGGGAGCGACCUACAUCAUCGUGGAUGUACUCAAAGAUCCAGCCAAACGGGGAUUAGUAUAUCAUCAGCUCUUGGUCAGCAUGGCCCUCUUUGAUAUUGUCACUGCCUUUGCAUGGGUCUUUGCCACUCUACCCAUUGACGAAGAAGAGGCGGGGCAUGUAGAAGGAGCGAGUGGAAAUCCAGCAACUUGCAAAGCCCAAGCGUUCUUUGUACAGCUGGGUUUUACCAGUGUAUUCAUGAACGUCUCGUUGUCCAUAUACUACCUAUUGGUGAUUGUUUUUGAUUGGAGAGAAUUUCAACUGCAAAAAGUCCGAAUCUACAUGCAUGCCAUACCCAUAUUGGUUGGACUCGGAUUGGCCCUCGGAGGGAUUCCCAUCUAUUCCUGGUUCGAGUACGCGUGUCAUUUGCUUCCGCCACCCGACGGAGAGCUAUGGGUCUCCUUGGUCUUUGUGGUUCUGCCUCUAGGGAUUUCCAUCAUUGCCAUUACCCUCAACAUGCUGUUCGUGUACGUGAAGGUUCGCCAACAAUCUGCCUCGUCCAGGAAGUGGAGUCUUGGCAUUGGUCAGGCAGGACGAAUUGAAAGGGCAGUGUUCUGGCAGUGUCUCUUCUACAUGCUUGCAUUCUAUGUCACGUGGCCGAUUCUGUUUUCGGUGUACUUGGCAUCCGUCGACGUGCAUGGUCCGUUGCGACUGACACUUACGGUGGCGUUUGUGGCACCCCUCCAAGGAUUCAACAACUGGUUGGUUUACAUCAGGCCCAAGUUACUGAAAGACAGGCACAAGAAACGCAAAUCCCAAUCAUCCCCUCAUGGGAGCGCAAGCAUGCGGCCGUCAAUCGAGCCAAGUGGCCGAACAUACUCCUCGCUCCGCAACAUGCUGAAGUUUUUGCCUCAAAGUGUUAGCACAAGGUUUACGACGACAUCAUCGACACAGUUUUCAACUCCGCCGCCAGCAACUGCCCCGGUUGACGAUCUCAGUGACCUGAAUCCUUCGUUAGCCUUGGCAAAGUGCGGUGGAGAUAGGCUCGAACCUUCGGUGGAACAGCAGCCUGUACCACCCUCACAUCAUCAUCGAAGAUCGAUGACGACAGCUGCAGCCCCAUUGACCUGCGAGUUGGAAACACUUCCUGAAACCAAGAGAGUCUCAGUGUUCAAGAGUUCGAAUACCAGUAGCAAUGAUGCAAGAAGCUCGUUACGGGCAAGUAUCUUAAACUUUACCGGACUUGAUGCUGAAAUGUUGGAUAUGAGCAGCAGUUCAGAGGAGGCGGACGAUGAAGAGGAGGAGAAGGACGGUGCAUUGGGCACGAGGACGGAAAUGAAUGGCGGGAGUGGCUCGCUGCGGGACAGUAUCCUGAACCUGACUAGACUCGAUGCCGAAAUGCUGGACAUGAGCAGUAGCAGUUCUGAGGUCAAUGAUGUCAACCAAGAAGAAGAAAAGAAAAUGGAUCUCGAUUCGAUCUGCAGCUCCGACUUGGAGUCGAACAGCGGGGGCAACGAACUUUGUGACAAAGGCUCUGGGGAACAGGCAAACAACUCCAUUGCGGAGGGUUCUGCGGAGGGAGAACCGUAUACUGUACCGACAGGACAAGACAGGCCGAAGCCAGAACUGUUAGCACAUGAACACCGCUGUACCUACUAG